ACGAAACCAUUAGUCAUGUGGAGGUAAAGGAGGCAACGUCUCUCCAUCCCUCCCUCCUUCCCUCCCUCUCUCCCUAACUCACUCAUUAGCAAGACUUUUAAUCAAGAAGAGAAAUAACCGUGAACAACAACAACAUAACUACAACUACUUCUACUACUACUACUACUAUUGCUACUACUACAACUACGAAGAGGAGAGUGUUGAGUGGUGUUUGUGCUGGUGGUGAAGAAGUGACUGUAUUGGUGAUUUGAUAAGUGGUGGGGGUGGGGGGGGGUGACGGUGGUGGUAGUGGUGGUGACGGUGGUGGUGACGGUGGUGGUGGUGGUGGUGGCGGUGAUCAACAGAAGAAGGACGAAGUAAUGCAGAACUUUCUUCAAGACCCGCCCGGCGUGGUGGGGUGGCUCGCUAUGGACGCCCCCAAAGUCACGAACCUGCUGGCCGGACGUAAGUGGGUUUCGAAGUGGGGUCCCGCGAAGGUGGUGGACAGUGUGCUGAGAGGCGUGGCGCAGGUGGUCUUCGUCAACAACCCGGUCUCUGGUCUCCUGGUUCUCGUGGGUCUCUACCUCGCCGACGUGACUGUGGGCUGCGCGACCAUCUUCACAUCCCUAGUGGCUGUCUUUGUGGCAAAGGCCGUGCUCGCCCUGCCCAACAGUCAGAUGGGCGCGGGACUGCCGGUGUUCAGCGCGGUGCUCGUGGGCUCCGUCACCACCGCCCUCUACCCCGGCACCUUCCACGCCCCCCUCACGCCCGCCACCUGGGCCUACAUGGGGCUGGCCGCGGCGCUCAGCGUCUGCAUCUACGCUGGUCUCGGGCACAUCCUCGGCGCUCACGACCUCCCCGCCUACACCCUCCCUUUCAACAUCGCCACAUCCCUCAUAUUCUUGGGCAUGCAGGGGGCUGGGUACGAGGGGAGCGAUACUACAACAGCCCCCCCUGACCCCAGCCCCCUCGCCUCCACCGCCCUGCCCCUGGAUGCUGGGUUUAAUGGGUCGUAUGUGGGUCUGUUUGAUGUCUUCGGGGCUGUGUCAAGGGAGGAAGGGGGAGGAGGAGCUUUGAAUGGGAUAAGAUGGGAUAAGGUGUGGCUGGGGGCGCUGCUGUCGGCGGGUCAGGUGUGGGCGGUGAAGAGUGUGUGCUGCUCCGGGCUGGUGCUGCUGGCCAUGCUGCUGUGCUCGCCGCUGCUGACCGCCGUGUGCUGUGUGGGCGGCACGCUGGGCUCACUGACGGCGCUGGUGGUGUCCUCGCCUCCCCACGACCUGAUCUACUCGGGCGUGUGGGGGUACAACGGGUUUCUGGCGGCCGGGGCGAUGGUGUUCUUCGUGGUUCCCGGCCCUCGCGUAGUGCUGCUGGCGGUGCUCAACGCUGUGCUGGCCACCUUCACGCAGGCUGCCAUCACCCCCGUCUUUGCGCAGGUCGCUCGUCACGUCGUCGGGGGCGUAGGUAAGAAGGGCCGAUGUUCCCCCUGACACACGUGAGACCUAAACUGGGUGCGCUAUGUUAAUACGUCUCCAAUCACCCCGCUAAGUGGAUACAGGUGAAUGU